GCAGCCCCUGGAGGGCUGGGGCUGGCCGGGGCUGCCAUCUCACACCACUGGGGGAGGCAGAGGGAGUGACAGAGCCAUGCAGGGUCUUCUAGCGCCUUCCCACGCUGAGGUGGCUUCGGGGAUACAGCCCUGAAGACACAUAGGCCUGCGCCCAGCCCCUUCUCCCCUCACAGUGACCCAGCCUGGACCCCGUAUACGGCAGCUAUGGGCACUGUGGGGACACUCAGGCCCCAGGAGGAGUCAGAAGGUGGGGAUGGUGGGAGGCCCCUCACUUCCAUGAGGUGCCUGGCCCCUGCCCCCUUCCUGGAUCUCUCUACACCCAGGCAUCUUAUCUCCCCCACACCCGGGGCUCCUGGCUCUGGAAGUCAGUUCCUCCUUUAUCAGCAGCAGCAGCCUCUGGGCGCCGCAUUGGGGUUUUGGCCCCUCUCUGUCUGCGUCUGUCUCCUCUCUCCGCCUGUCAACUUGGGGCUCUCGCCACCCGGUGCCCGUCCCCCAACCCCAUGCUCCCGUUCACGCUCUCUUUCUCUCCAGCCUCUUUCCAGCGCCAAUCCUGGUUGCCAUGGAAACACUGCAGCGGGACAGUCCCUCGUCUCCCGCCUGUUGGCUCAGGGACCAGAACUUGGCCUAGAACUUGUUUUUGUCUGGAAUCGUGACCCAGGACGAAUGGCGGGGAGCGUGCCCCCUUCCCUGCAGCUCCAGAAGCUUGCUGCCCUUGGGGAAAGGCACCCUGAUCUGGUUGUGGAAGUGGCCCAUCCCAAAAUAAUCCAUGAAUCUGGGGCACAAAUCCUGCGCCAUGCCAAUCUCCUGGUGGGGUCCCCCUCAGCUCUAAGUGACCAGACCACAGAAAGGCAGCUCUUGGAGGCCUCACAGCACUGGAACCAUGCCGUGUUUGUGGCCCGAGGGGCUCUGUGGGGCACUGAGGACAUCACGAGAUUGGAUGCAGCUGGGGGCCUCCGGAGCCUUCGUGUUACCAUGGCCACACACCCCGAUGGCUUCCGGCUCGAGGGACCCCUGGCUGCAGCCCACAGCACCGGGCCUCGCACUGUGCUCUACGAAGGCCCUGUCCGCGGGCUCUGCCCCUUUGCCCCCCGAAAUUCCAACACCAUGGCGGCGGCUGCCCUGGCUGCCCCCAGCCUGGGCUUCGAUGGGGUGACUGGUGUGCUUGUGGCUGAUCUCAGCCUCACGGAAAUGCACGUGGUGGAUGUAGAGCUGAGCGGACACCCGGGCCCCAGGGGCCGAAGCUUUGCUGUGCACACCCACAGAGAGAACCCUGCCGAGCCAGGCGCGGUAACCGGCUCCGCCACCGUCACGGCCUUCUGGCGGAGCCUCCUAGCCUGCUGCCAGCUCCCCUCCAGGCCCGGGAUCCAUCUCUGCUGAGAAGCCUCCUCCCUCCCGAGACGAGAUCAUCUUACUGGCCUCUCACUACCACUAUCCCAACCCUGCCUUGCCCCACUUCCCCAGGAUCUCCCUUCUGACUCAGUAAAGAUCACCGCUGUCUGCCCCUGCA